AUGGCGUCCACAUCACGCCACCUUCGCAUCGGUGUUGAUGUCGGCGGAACGAACACAGAUGGUGUCGUUCUGGACCCUUCGCGGGCUUCGGAGCCAGAUAAGGGCAUUGUCGCAUGGCACAAGUCACCAACAACGACAAACCCCAGCGAUGGCAUCAACAAUGCGAUCGUGACGAUGUUCGAGUCUUCCAAGAUCGAGCCGAGCGAGAUCGCGAGCGUCACCAUCGGCACCACUCACUUUGUUAAUGCCCUGAUUGAGAGGGAUGAGACCAGAUUGGCUCCCGUGGCCGUCAUCAGGUUGACCAGCCAGUUUUCCAAGCACGACCCUCCUUGUUUGGACUGGCCUGAAGAUCUCAGGGAGUUGAUUUUGGGUCAUUAUGCUUUGUGCAAAGGUGGCCUGGAGGUUGAUGGCGUUCUUAUUUCUGAUAUCGAUCCUGAAGAGAUCAAGGCUCAAUGCUCGAUCAUCGGUGAGAAGGGGAUCAAAACCGUUGUCGUCAACGGCAUCUUCAGCCCAAUCGACACGACAGAGAGGCAAGAGGAGAGGGCUGCCGAAAUCAUACGCUCAGAGCUACCUGGCUGCACCGUUACAUGCUCAAAAGACGUGGCCAAUCUCGGGUUCCAGGAGCGUGAGAAUGCUGCCAUACUCAACGCUACAGUACUGGACUUCGCCCGCAAGACGAUUCGAUCCUUCCAGGAACCCAUUAAGAGACUUGGUCUACACUGCCCUGUCUUCAUCUCCCAGAACGACGGAACUAUUCUUUCAGGGGAGAUGGCUGCGAAUCUUCCGAUCCGGACUUUUUCCAGCGGCCCAACAAACAGCAUGCGCGGAGCUGCAUUCCUAGUGCAGGAUCAGCUUGAUGAAGCCGUCAUGGUGGUUGAUAUCGGGGGCACAACUACCGAUGUUGGUCUCUUGCAGGCAAACGGGUUUCCAAGGCAACAGGCAGCCUUUAGCGAGUUUACAGGUGUUCGCCUGAACUUCUCAUGCCCAGAUGUCAAGAGUAUAGGACUGGGAGGUGGUUCCAUUGUUCGCAAGGGCCGGGAGAGAUUGACCGUAGGCCCCGACAGUGUCGGCUAUAAGAUCAAGACUGAAGCUCUAGUCUUUGGUGGUUCUACUCUCACUGCGACGGACUGCACCGUGUUAGCUAACGGAGGGAAGCCAUCAGCGCUGUCUAUCGGCGAUGCGAGCUUGGUCAAGGGCGCAGUUGACGCCGAAGAACUAUCUCAAUUCACUAAGAUCGUCCAAAGCAAGAUCGAGAAGGUUAUCGACACGAUGAAAACUUCGCCCAACGAUAUUCCGGUUCUUCUUGUGGGUGGUGGUGCUGUCAUCGCGCCGAAUGAGCUUCGUGGGGCUAGCAAAGUCUUGAAACCCGAGUGGGCUGGAGUCGCCAACGCCAUCGGUGCGGCUAUUGCACGCGUCAGUGCUACCAUUGACACUGUCAAAUCGACUGAGUCCAGAACAAGCCAGGAGAUAUUGAGUGAGGUGGAGCAAGAGGUCAAAGAGAAGGCUGUUGCCGCAGGGGCAGUCCCAUCGUCGGUCCAGAUUGUGGACGUGGACACAAUACCCUUGGCCUACAUUGCCAACAAGUCGCGAUUCAUUGUGCGCGCUGCCGGCGACUUUGACUUUUCCAGGACGGAUCUGGCCUCCAUACCAUUUAGCGAUGAAGAUGACACGCCUCAGGAUUACACCACAUAUUCUCGUGCCAAGAAGACGUCUAGAGUCAGGGACAAGAAAGACGUUGAUGUUUUGAAAUAUAAGCCAAGAGUUGAAGAUCGCGUCUGGUACAUCAGCGAAACAGAUCUGGACUGGAUCAGUAUCGGAUGUUACAUCCUCGGAACGGGAGGAGGCGGGUCUCCUUACUCGCAACAGAUCAUCCUGCGCGAGAAGCUCCGCAAGGGUGCCGUUGUGAGGGUCGUAAACCCUGCUGAUAUUCCCGAUGAGGCGGUCGUCGGCUGCGGGGGUUACGCCGGGUCACCCACCGUGGCUAUUGAGAAGAAGUCCGCGGACGAGAUGCAAGAGGCACAGACAGAGAUGUGCAAGCACAUCGGAAAGCCGCCGACGCACAUGAUUGCGGUUGAAAUUGGGGGCGCCAAUGGCCUGCAGAGCAUGAUGAUUGGCUCCAGCACCAACAUGGAUGUUCCUGCAGUCGAUGGCGACUGGAUGGGCAGGGCGUACCCGACAAAAUGGCAAACAACACCGGUUGUCUUCAACGAGCGAAGCCCCAUCUGGACGCCAGUCACGAUGAGUGACGGUAAUGGAGCGAUUGUCACUAUGUCGCGCGCAUCUUCAGACAAGCAGGUUGAACGUGUCAUGAGGGCUGCCUUAGCAGAGAUGGGCUCACAGGUUGCUGUUGCCGACCCUCCCGUGACUGGGGCAGAGACCAAGAGAUGGGUAGUUGAGCAUACACUCUCUCAGUCUUGGAGGAUUGGUCGCGCUGUGGCUAAGGCCAGGAAGCUCAACCGCGUGGACAACGUUGCCGAGAUGAUCAUUGAGGAGUGCGGUGGUUCAACUGGAGCCAAGGUUCUGUUCAAAGGCAAGAUCGUUGGCGUGGAGAGAGUAUUAAGUAAGGGACAUGUCUAUGGCGAAUGCAUAAUCGAAGGUGCAGAUGUGUCUGGUUCAGAUGAACCCGGCCAUCAGAGAUCCCAGCAGUAUAAAGGGUUUGUUAAGAUUCCCUUCAAGAACGAGAACAUCGCCGCAGUCAAGAACGCCUCAGCUACGUCAACAGAGGAAGCAGGCAAGGAGAAGCAAGAAGAUGUGCUUGCCCUGGUGCCGGACCUCAUCGCCGUUAUCGACGCUCAAAACGGCGAAGCGAUCGGAACGCCCGAGUACAGAUAUGGACUGCUCGUCAUUGUGCUGGGAAUUGCCGCCAGCGACAAGUGGACUGGGUCUGCUAGGGGUCUUGAAAUCGGGGGUCCCGAGUCGUUCGGCUUUUCUCACUUGAAGUAUGAGCCUUUGGGCACCUUCGUUAAGCCUCGGAGCGUGAUUGACGAAUUUGACACCAAGACCAAGGAGGGUUGCAUGUGCGGCAAAUGCAAGGAUCUGGGCUGGUAG